CUACUGAAGAUUUGGCAGCAUCUGUCUCUUUGUAUAACGUUCCUAGGAAUUAAGGACUUCUCUGUGAUUGCAUACGGUGAGAGACUCAAUCGCGGAGAGCGUUUCGAUCGUUGAGAGUCUUGACUCUUUUCUGGAUCCUUCACCGCACGCGCGAAUUCGCGGGUGCUCACUUACGCGAGGUAGGGGGAAAUCUCGCUGAGUGUUUGCGUGUUGCGGUCUUUCACGACUGUAUCUGCAAGAUUCACGAAUCAAUGGUUUUCGGAGUGGCGUUUAGUAUCGUAUCUCCGGAAAGGCGCAGAAUGGUACGCACACGCGUGCAAUGCUUAACAAACUCUGUCGAUGGAAGAAAACCUGAAGCCUUUGGCCGCGGGGAACUCUUGGAAACAUCCUGCUGACGGUUUCCUCUCUUUGUCUAAUCCAUUUUCUCCGCCACAGCCAAAUCAUUUCGCUUCCUGUCUGGCUUUCCACACCCCAUCCUUUCAGGCAAGCGCAUGUGUGUCAUUGCUGCCUGCUGCGUUGUCUUUUCCGUUUAGCCCCACCAGCAUGGAGAAUCGUGAGGGAAAGUAGCCAGUCUCUUUUGCUGCAGUUUCUGAAAGUGUUUCUGAUCGUUAUUUGUCUUCUCCCGCACUACGGUUUGUUUUGUCGAGUGGCAGACACGUAGGUGCUACGGACUCGAGGUGCCUCUCCGAAAGGCAGGCGUCACCAUGAACUGCUAGGUUCUCGCCUCUGCAUGCGGCAACAUGUUUUUCCUUUCGAGCUUCUGUCUGGGGCUGUGGAGGCAGUCGAUUGUACGUUGCGCAGAUAACACCGGCGUGAUCAAGGCGUGCAUUAUCGGCAUCAGGAAUAAGUACGGCACGGGGAAGAUUGGUGCACGAAUCCGGGUCUCGGUGCGCGACAAGACCCCCGAGUGCACGGCUCCCAAAAUGCCAAAAGGCGUAAUUGUGAGAAGGCGAAAGGAAACGCGGCGGAAAGACGGCAGUUACAUCAAGUUCGACGAGAAUGCAUUCGUCAUCAUUCAGAAAAACAAAGCCCGAGGGACGAAAAUAAAGGGGCCCGUCCCCAUGGAAAUCCGGCACAACUGCAAAACCCUCGCGAGAUGGAUUUUCUGAACAGAAUCGCUGGUUCAUCAGAGGCAGUGCAGACCGCAUACACUACCGGAAAGAAAUCCGAGCAAGGACAUACAGGCCGGAAGACAUACUUUAAGGUCACGUAUUCGUACAAGAAUAUAUGCAUAUCUACAUGUACGCAUGUGGAUAUGUAGGAAUGGGGUCAGCUGGGUAGAACUCGAAGAGUGGAAAUACAGGGUACAAGUCGCGCUUGGGAACGGGUGUUUUUGUUCCGCUGAGAGUGUGUGUUCAUCCGUUGACUGCCUUUGUUUUUGAUAAAGGGAUAGUACACUGCGUCAGGAUCUGCCUGACACGCGUAGCUAAUCGACUCGACUCUGUUUUUCUUUCUAUUAGACAGGAGGCGUGUGUCUGUUGAGGACUUUCGAACAGCGAGCGCUUUCUCGUCCUUGAAACCUGACGUAUCUUCAGAGUCAGGCGGUAUAUUCACCUGAGAAAUAAUCAACUUGCCUGCUGAUGCCUGGCAGUACAUUUAGGCGCCGGCGGCUGGAGUGAUUGCCAGUAAACCUUUAUGGCCAACAAGCGAACACGAAACCAAAACAGCCGAGUGAAUGCCCUCAGUAUUUGGAUCUAAAGGUGCGCAAUGUGAAAAAGACACUCGUGUGUCUGGAGAAGGCCACGAAAAUCGCCUCGCAAACAGUAUCCAACCUUCUGCUGUUCUUUGUUGGCCGUGGUGCAGUAGUCGUGGGCUAACCUAUCCGUCUGACGGUUCAAACGCAGCGACUGUGAAGAGGAUAAUCCACCGUCGUGAGGGUUGUCAUGGAAAUGGUACGCAUGGUUACAAUCCCGUGGAACAGUUCUUUUGGUUCAAGUUUUCUGUGCGUCGUUCC